AUGGAUAAGUUUGUUGUUCGCUCACCACGAGUAGACACUCCCAAAAAGACAAAUACUACAGGGAAAGUGUAUAGACAAGCUACUAUUGAGUCUCUAAAGAGAGUUGUGGUGAUUGAAGACAUUCUCCGCUGGAAGUCUAUGAUGGAGCUGCCAGGACAAAGCAAAGAAAACCUUCUGUCAGCUCUGACUGAACUCAUCCAGAAGAUCCCAUCCAGAGAAGUGCUUAAAUCCACUAAGAUAGGCCACGCUGUGAACAAGAUGAGAAAACAUGCAGAUCCAGAAGUGAGUUCAUUGGCUGCUAAAGUCUACACAGAGUGGAGAACCUUCAUUGGAGAGAAUUCAAAUAAGCCGUCUAUCGAAGUCAGAUCCGACAAACAGUCAGAAACACUGAGAAGUAAUGCCAGAAGAAUGAUGGCGGAAGCUCUCGAGGUCAAGGAGGACUGUGGCCUCAUCGACAACAUUGAGAGAGAAGUUUUCCACCGGAGUUCACGGCUGGUGAGCAGUGCAUACAGACGGACUGUGAGAGCGCUGGUCUUUGCCUUCAAACACAACGCUGAAAUCAGAACUCAGACUAAAGACGGAACAUUGUCAGUCAAGGCGCUAGUUUCAAAGUAUAAGAAAUGA